AUUUUUUGCAUUUUAGCGGCACUAGCUAGAUUCUAUAUUUCCAUUAUUUGAGAUUUUUUACAUCCAAACAUAUGUGUAAUAAUAUAUUUACUAGAUGAUUCAAGGGUUCUUUGUUAUGUAUUCAAUGUAUCAUUACAAUAAAAUUAACGUGUUAUAGUUUUUGAACAAAUCCAUCAUGUGUGGAGAAAAGUGUAGGUUAUGCUGUGCACCCCUAGCAUUAAUAUCUUUAACAUGUGGAAAAAGCCGAAAAAAAAGAGACUAUAUUCGAAAACUCAUCGAUUUAACCAUAGGCAUUAAGUUUCAGAAAAAUGAUGCAUCCAGAUACAUUUGUAUUUUUUGUAUAUCUACAAUUUAUAACUUUCAUGUAUUCAAGGUGAGGUCUCUUCAGAAUGAGGAAUUCUUGCAGUCUUGCUUUCAAAUUCCACUGAAAACCACCAGAAAAAUGAAAGUUGAUAUACCAGAUCUCUGUGAUAUUGAGUUACCAAGUAUUGACAACUUGAAAACAGAACUCUUUGAUUGGCUUAGAAGUAAAGUUGAUGUUGAAGAAAACAAAGUUGAAGUCAAUACACCACCACAAAAUGAAAUAGAGAAACAAAACAAUUUUCACAUUGAAAAUGUUUCAUCUGUUAGCACCCAAACCAACUCAACUUUGAAAAUGAUUGAUCAACAAACCCAAUUCGAAACACCUCAUACUUACAAUGUGAGCUGUCAAUAUUCUGUUAAAACAUCUGAUCAAAAAAUACAGUGUUUGAUUCCACCUGUUUGCUGUGACAAAACUUCUCAAACCAUGAAAGUUGCAACCAAUAUUUCAUUGGGAUUGAAAGAAUCUGCUACUCAGUGUAAUUUGAAUGAUAAAGUAUCUGUUGAUGUAGGAAUUCUAUCAAGUUCAAUUUGUAAUGGAGUAGAAUCUCAGAGUGAUAUUACUAUGAAUGAAAGUGAAGUAAGAGAAGAAUUAGAUACUUUUGAAGCUGAUAAAACUGAGGUGAUUGAAGCUGAAAUUACUAAAGAUGACACAUGUUGCAACAAAUUUCAGGAGAUUGUUCCCCUAAUUACUGAAUCUGUUGAUAUAAAUAAAAACAAUGAGCAACAAAUUUCCAAUAAUGAAUCUUUGACCAAAAAAAGAAAUAUCAUUAGACCUCCAGGGUGUGCCAGAAAAAGACUUUCUGGUAGAAGAUAUAAAAAGAUGUCUCCCUCAGUAAUGAGCCAUGUCAAUGGAAUUGUAAGGAUAGCAUCACCAAGUAUAGAAAAUAAAACUCUUCUAACAGUUCCAAAAAGUCUUUGUGCUGAAAGUGUUGCUAAAAUGGUUGAUGACAAUGUGAUAAACCCAUUGGAAUCUUCUGAAAACCUGGCUCUUGAUGAAAACCACUGUGAUAAAACUCUAAUCCAGGAUACAGAAUCCCACAAAGUAGGAGUCAAUAUAGAAACUCCACUGAUAGAAACUAAAAAGAGAAAUAGGAGUCAAGGCUCUCCUAGCUGUAGCUUCGGCUGUAGCAUACAAAAUCCAAACAAAGUUUUACUUCUGAACACUCCUUCAAAUGUAGUAAGGAAGAGGGGCAGACCCAGGAAGAUAGGCAGAUCCAGAAAAAUCAGCAUGCCAUUACCAAUAUCCGCCAUUAAAGCUGAAAUAGAGCUACCCCAAAACAAUGAAGCUACCCUCACAGUUGAAAAUGAAUCCACAGAAACUGAACAUACUGAAAUUAAAUUAGAAUCCAAUGAAAUCAGUACAGCUGCCCUACUGUUUGAAAUCGACAGUUUUUUGAGCCCUAGCACCAUCAAGGCAGAAACCAACCUGUCCCUCCCUAGCACCCCAACAAAGCAAAACUCCCUGCACAAGCAUAACAGAACUUUAUCGCCAUCUUUCAAGUACGACUCUCCCAGAUCUUCUAAACUCCUCACUGUCAAGGAAAAAGUGCAGUAUGUGAAAAUAUGCAAAGAGUGUGACCAGCCCUUGUAUUCGGAGCAUGAAAGAGCCAAGCACAGGAAGUUGCACAUGAGGUGUCAUCUGUGCCAUAAGGUUUUCCAGAGUGUUAAGAAAACCAAACUUCAUGUUAGUUUGGAGUGUGACCAGAAGAUGUCCAAGUUGGUGCCGGUUGUGUGUUUGGAUAGGAUCAGUGUGUCUGGUUAUAAUUUGUGUGGUUUUUCAGAUGAAAGCAGUCCUCUGAUAAGUACUGGUGGUCCAGGUGGUUCAGGGUCUCCUGAGAAGCAUUUGAAAGUGCCCAUGAUAGAAUAGGAAUUUUUGGACUUUUGGACUUUAGGUUGUAUGGUAUUCUAGGUUUUCUUUUUCAUUGAUAAUUCAAGAUCAGGAAUGUUAAUGUUCUCAGAUUCAUGAAAUAAACUGGAUAUGUCAGGUGGUCAAUUUUUUUUUUGUUUCAACAGGAAAAUAGUAAUUCCUGGCCAAAUCAAUAAAAAAAAAACUUCAAGUGAUGAUUUUUUGGGUGAAUCAAAGGCGGAAAGUAUACCGGGUG